AUUUUUCAUAUUUAAACUCUCAGAACCUCAACCUCAGCCAACAACACAACAGGGUUUCUGUACUAUUCACAUAUAUAGUUAAUCAUGGAAGUUGGUGGCAACAACAGGCAGAAGAAGCCCUUCUUCUCUCAGGUGGCCAGUCUUUUCAAGUCCCGGCGUCAUCAUAGAGUGGACAACUCCCGGGCGGAGGAGGAGAUGAAAGUGUGCCGUUCCGAUGACGACAACGGUUGUUUUGGGGUGGCGGACCAUGCAAUUAACGGGAAAGCUUCAGCCUAUAUUGAUAAAGUCCGUGCAAAAAUUCGCGCCUCCGAAUUACUCAGUGAUCAGGAUGAUGCUGAAAAGCCCUAAACUUAACCUCAUCAUCAUCAUUUCAUUCAUUUCUACAGCCACCUGCAUCUGCAUGCUCUCUCAUCACUACUCUCUACCUUGUCUUUCUCUAUUGUAUGCUUCUUAAUUUGCACUAGUAGCAGUUUAUAAGUUGUUUAUACUUUAUAAUGGUCUAAAACAAUGUAAUGAAUAACAAAUCAAUCAGAUCUCA